AUGAGAUAUAUUGAACUAAUACUGCCGUCCCGAGUUCAUAAAUUUUCUAAAAAGCCGAGAAUUUGUUUAUUACGUAUAAGUAAUAAACAAAAUUCAGAUUCAGAAGGUGGAUGCGGAACUUGUGAUGAAAAGAAAAUUGAAAAGUCAUGCGUUGAUUGUAAAGAUUUAAAAUGUAACUCGAAAGAAUUGUUAGCUAAAACAAUUUUUUGUUAUGAAAAAGUGAAAAAUGGAAAUGUAAAAGAAGGGAAAAGGCCAUGUUUGGCGAAGAAAUGUUUUAUAUCCUAUGACACUAAAAUUGGUAAUUUUAAAUAA